ACUCCUGCGAUCCGUCUUCACUGCCAUUCGAGGACCUCUACCAGCUGCUUUUCCAACUGCCACGAGAUCAUUCACCACCAGCUCGCCCAAGAUGACCGUGCACAACAUCGCUUCCCUGGAGCAGUUCAGGGAGACCAUUGCCAGCAACCGGGUUGUCCUCCUCGAUGCGUUUGCGACAUGGUGCGGUCCUUGCAAGGCCAUUGCUCCCCAGGUCGCUAGAUGGGCCGAGGACCCUGCCUUCAAGGACAAGACGUACUUUGCCAAGUUCGACGUCGACGAAGUGCCUGAUCUAGCGCAGGAGCUCGGUAUCCGCGCGAUGCCUACCUUCCUUGUCUUCAAGGACGGCCAGAAGGUUGACGACCUCCUCGGCGCGAACCCGCCGGCCCUGCUAAACCUGCUGAAGAAGUAUACGCCGGAGGAAGCUGAGGCGUCUGACAAGGCCGAGGCCCGGCCGGAUGAUGGAACUGCGGAGACAACGUCGGCCAAGAGCGACUAGGUUGUGUCUGGAGGAAUAGCCCGAAUGAGCGUUAGAAACUGAGGAGGAGGAGGAGGCUGAGGAGUAGGGAGGAACAGUAGAUACCUGCACACUCGUCGCCGUCGGCGAGGAGCAGGGUGAAUGUCACGCCGCUUUCAUCUUAGACCUAGGUUUUGCCGCCGGCAUUGUUUGAUACCGGUAGGCUGGGAUAGCUGUUAUCCUAUUGCGCAUUUGCUGUCCGUUUCUGGAGCGGAGAAACUCGGCAUUUGUGGCACUCGGCAGCAAGAUGGCAAGCUCGAGUGUUCCAAGGCCUCCC